UGUUUUCCACCUCUAGCCACCGCACUCGUGCGAACGAAUUUUAAUAAUAAUUUGAAUUUAUUAAUUAAAACCGAGCAAUCCCGCAAUGGCAUCCAUCCUGAGAACGGGGAAACUGCUGCGCUACUUCGCUGGCUUCACGAGAAACGUGGUGGUGAGCUCGGUGCGCGAGAAUGAGACCAGCAAUCUGCUGAACAGUGCGCCCUGCAUGUGCGGACAGUUCCAGAAUGGCUUUGCCACAAAUGCCGCUGCAAAAGCUGAGCUGAGUCUGGACAAGCAGAUUCGCCGGCUGGACCAGGAUGUUCGCCGCAUUGGACGCAUUUCUCGGCGGGAUCUGGAGGAGAUACUCGAUGAGAUUCGCACCCACAGGACGGCCACCAGCUCGCAAUCCUUGCUGGUGAUCCGCUGCUGCGGAAACCUGGUGCCCGAGGAGCUGCCGGAGGUCAGGACGGCUUUGGUCCAGGAGAUCUGGAAGACCCUGAAUGCCCUGAAUGUGCCCAUGGACAUCUCGCACUACAAUGCCCUGCUGCGAGUCUAUUUGGAGAACGAGCACGGCUUCGCGCCCACUGACUUUUUGGCGGAGAUCGAGGCCAAGGGAAUCGAGCCCAAUAGGGUUACCUAUCAGCGAUUGAUUGCCCGUUACUGCCAGCAGGGAGACAUAGAAGGGGCCACCAGGAUUCUGGAAUUUAUGAGGGCCAAGAGCCUGCCGGUCAAUGAGAAUGUCUUCAAUUCCUUGAUUCUGGGACAUUCGCAGGCCAACGACUUGGAAUCCGCCAAGGGCAUUUUGGGUGUGAUGAAGCAGGCAGGAUUGGAGCCCAGUGCGGACACCUACACGACUCUUUUGUGCGCCUUUGCCCGCCACGGAGACCUGGCUGCCCUCAAGGAAACGCUAGCUGAGUGCGAGCAAAAGGAGAUCAUUCUGCUUGACAAGGAUUUGCUGGACAUUGUGUACACGCUCACCGUCAACGGCAAUGGAGAGCAGGUGGAUGAGAUUCUGCCCAAGCUGCGCCUCUCGCCUGGCUUCAAUCAGGAUGCGGUGAAUGUGAUCCUGCGCCUGGUCAACAAGGGACACGAGGAUGUGGGGCUGAAACUGCUCCGCGUGAUGCCGAGGAGUAAUCGUGUGAACGGCGAACCCGUUGAUGUGGGAGCCUUCUUCAUCAGGCAGAUGGUCAAGGCCAAUCGGCCAGUGGAGAAGAUCCUGUCCAUCUGCAAGACUCUGCAGGCGGAGGGGCUCAAUCCAAAGGCUCUGACAAUUGCCACUGAAGCAGGCUUGACGAACGGAGUGGUGAACAAUGCCUUGCCUUUGCUCCAGGAGAUGAAGAACGCUGGUUUGCCCAUCAGACAGCAUUAUUUCUGGCCCUUGAUCUGUUCGGCCGAGUCCAAUCAGGUUUUGGAAAUCGUGCGUCGCAUGCAGCAGGAGUUCUCGGUGUUCCCCAACUCGGAAACUGUCCGGGACUAUGUGAUUCCCAACUUGAAGGAGAAGAACUGGGAGCGAAUCGUCACCGCCUUGCGGGAUGCCGGAGUUCCCAACUCGACUGCUGUAACCUCGGCUGUUUACUCCGCCCUGGUGACCCACCAAAUUGCCGAUGCAGCCAAGAUAAUGGAGCAAAACAGGGCUUACUAUGUGCCCUUCUUGUUCAGACAACCCUUGAUUUUGGCUCUAAGUCACACAAAUGAUUAUGCCUCCUUUAUCCGCUGCGUUCGCCAGAUUCACGAGGGUUUGCAGUUUAGACAAGGCAAGGAGGAGGAAGCCGAGGCGGUGGAAGGCGGAGCAGCAGCGGAUCGCAGCACUCCUGAUGUUGUUGGUGCAAUUGUCCAGGAGGCCUUCAUUUAUUUCCGCCGAGAUCGCGCUGCUACCUUGGAGAAAAUUCUCAAGGGAUUGGUCAAGCAGGGAUUGUCCAUUAGCAGUGCCAAAGCGAGCCAAUUAUCCGAGCAAUUGGGCUCGGAAUUGACACCAAGGAUUUCCGAACUUUUGGGCAAACUAAGCUCAGGCGAACUGGAGCCAGUUCCUCUGCCAAACAGCGGCAAGAGAAGUCUGGACUCGCUGUCCAUUGAUGAACUCGAGCGAUUCAUAGUCAACGUAGAAAGCAAGGGAGAGAAUGCCAACAACAUCAAGCGACAACUUUUGAGCGCCUGUUUCCGUUCACAAAACCUGGAUAAAACUCUCCAAGUCAUCGAGAAAUUAGAGACAGAGAAAUUUCAGAUCCCGAUUGGCAUCUAUGCUCAGCUCAUCGAUCUCUAUACGCAUCACAAGAAAAGCGCCGAGGCUUUGGAGGCGUACGACAAACUGAAGGCCAAGGAUGCCACCUUCAAGUUGGAUAACUUGAAGGCUGUUCGCCUGGCUGAUCUCCUCCUGCAGGAGGAACGUGUUGAUGCUGCCUUUAAGGUACUCGAGGAUAACAAGAAGGAUGCUCCCAUCGCCGAAGCCGAAGGAAGCUUCAACUAUGUGAGCGCCGUUUGGAGAACUUUGAAUUCGCUCGCCGAAGCUGGCCAAGCGGAAAAACUGCGCAAACUAUUCGAUGCCCUGGUGGCUGCCAAUUACGUUGUGCCCACUAAUGUGCUCCUGGGACCCCUGAUCAAGGUUCACCUGGUCAAGGAUGACAUACCGAAGGCCAUCGAAGCGUUUGAGGAGAUUUGCCAGAAGCACAAAUCGACGCCUUGGAAAAAUGAGCUGGCUUGCCGUUUGAUCCAAAAAGAGGAUGCAGCGAAUCUGCAAAAGCUGACCGAUUUGAGCACUGGCAUCCAUGGUGAGGUGAACAGCCUUUACGAUCUGGUCUUCUCGUUUGUGGAGUGCGGCCGCGUGAGGCAGGCCAGGAAGAUCCUGGAAACCCCCGGACUGCGUACACGUCCCCAGAGAAUCAGCAGUGCCUGUGAUCGCUACAAGAACGAGGGACUUCUACAGCCCCUGGAAGGUCUCAUAGAAGCCACCAAGGACCUGGGCCACAUCGAUAGAAACAAGAUUUACUACACACUUCUUUUGAGCUACGACAAGGCAGAUGAGGCGGAGAAGGCACUUGGUUUAUGGACCAAAAUGCAGGAGGAGGCUGUGACCCCCAACGAUGCUUUCCUCUUGAAAUUAGCUGAAAUUCUGCGGAGGAAGAACAUUGAAGUGCCUUUCGUGGUGCCCGAAACGCAAAAGGAACAAGCUAAGGCUAGGAAAAACAAAGCCAACAGUGAAGCAAAAACAGAAGCUACUACAGAAACUGCUAAAGCUGUAGAAAAACUGAAAGAGAAGAUCCCUAAGAAGGAGCCAACUAAAACUAGUCCGCCGCCAAAAACGGUUUCCCAUUUGUCCGGCUUCCGCAAAGCCAUCCUGGCCAACGAUCCCGAUGCGGCCAUCUCCCAUAAACAAAGUUUUCUAAGUGGCGAGAAGGUUGGUGCUUUGGACACCUCCCGACUGAUUGAACUUCUGGUUCGUGCUGAUCGCUUAACAGAGGCCACCAAAUAUGUUGAGGAACUCCUCGCUGAUAAGCUGCAUCCACAGCCCAAGAUCUUUAAGUUUUACCUGAACAAAAUUGCCGCUGCUGGCGACUUGGAAACGCUUGAGAAGGUUGGCAAGCAGCUGAACGAGGAGCAAAAGCGUCUGGUCUCCUUCGACAAUCGGUUUUGUCAUGCUAAUAUAGUGGCCGGAAAGGCGGAGCAGUUCCUCAAGCACUUGACCACGGAAAUUGAGGCAGCCAAAACUUCUGAGGAGGCGAUCAAGCUGGCCGAAAAGUUCCCGCGCGGCGGAGCUGUGGGCAUUUUGGACAAACACCCGGAAUUGGUGCCUCAAUACCAAUCGCUGGCUGAGAAAUUUGCCGCCCACAAUCAACUCGGCCCCAUGAAUGUCCUGUGGAUGCACCUCAUUUCCAGUGGCCAGGAAGUGGCCUCCAAGCAGAUCUGGGAUAAGCACCUGUCCAACGCACCAAGGCUGAUGUUCCAGCGCGUUUUGCAGACGGCACGGGAACAGCAGGACGAGAAACUCGCCUCCACGGUCAUUUCCCAGCUGAAGAACAGCAAAAUCUCCGAGGGCGCCAUCGGAAAUGCCUACUCCUGCCUCAUCGACAUCCAGACGACCAAGGGCAACUCGGACAAGGCCAUGGAUGUGCUGGCCAACGCCAUCAAGGAUGUCUCCCUGGAGAACAUCAAUAGGACAGCCCUGCUGCGCCUGAAACAGGCGGUGGAGGAGAAGUCUCAGAAGUUCCCCUACACGAUCCCCGAGAAGCGAACGAAGGCCGAUGACUCCAGCUCCUCGUCGUCUUCCUCGUCCUCCAGCGACGACGAUGUGUCGCCACCGAUACCCGAAACCGUUCCACCCAAACCGGACAGCAAGGCUUAGUGGCUUUUGGGACAAGUCCCUCUCUAGUUUAACCCGUCGUGAUUAAAGCCUAUUUUUAAAGUAUUUACUAUGGAUAAACAAUUUGUAAACUAAAAUAAAUUUAGUUGUUUUGUUGCGAAGUUGCAGUGACUAUGGAA